AUGGAGGAUUUACGUAAGAUGAUGAAUGGGUUAAAACCAGUGGUUUUAAUGGUGAUGGUGCAGAUAGCAUUUGCAUCAGUGAAUGUGUUGUACAAGCUCGCCGCUAAUGAUGGAAUGAGCAUGAGGAUCGCUACUGCCUAUCGCCUUCUCUUCGCAUCUGUUUCUACUCUUCCUCUCGCUCUUGUCUUUGAAAGGAACAAGAGACCGAAGAUCACUCAGAGAGUUCUUUUCAUGGCAUUUCUUUGUGGCUUAUUUGGGGGGAGUUUAUUUCAAAACAUUUACUUCGAGGCUCUAGCUUUGACAUCCGCAACGUUUGUUUCUGCUAUUUACAACCUUAUUCCAGUCAUCACUUUCAUAUUGGCUAUCUCUUGCGGCUUUGAAAGAUUAAACUUGGGAGCAGCAGGAGGGAAAGCAAAGGUGUUGGGAACCAUAAUAGGGAUUGGUGGGGCAAUGCUUCUUACGUUCUUCAAAGGCUUUGAAAUUCAAAUUUGGUCCUUCCACGUUAAUCCUUUGCACCCACAUCAUGACCAAAACGACACCGUUUUGACCACACGACAUGGUCGCUCAGAAUUGCUUGGUGUUCUCUGUGCCAUAGCAAGCUGCUUCUCCAAUGCUUGCUGGCUAAUUAUUCAGGCUAAGAUGAGUGCAGAAUAUCCAUGCCAUCUCUCUACCACAUUUUUAAUUUAUACAAUGGGAGCAAUACAAGCCAUAGUGUUUGCUCUUUGUAUGGAAAGAGAUUGGAACCAAUGGAAGUUGGGUUGGAAUGUCAGGCUUCUUGCAGUUUUGAUCGCGGGAAUUAUUGCAUCGGGAAUGUUGGUUGUGAUGGCAUGGUGUGUGAGGAUGAGAGGUCCAGUGUUUGCUUCUGCAUUCACUCCUUUAAUGCUUGUGAUAGUGGCCCUUGCUGCUUCUUUAACGCUGAAUGAGAAACUCUAUUUAGGAAGUGUGAUUGGAGCUCUGCUGAUAGUGUGUGGCUUAUACUUUGUGCUGUGGGGGAAGAGGAGGGACGUGAGGACGAUGCCUCAGUCGUUGCCAUCAGAAACGACCCAGCAAGAAAUUGCAUGA